AACGCCGGCACAGCACACGCAAGCAGCUAGACAUGAAGUGUCUGGUGGUAGCAGCGCUGGCGGUAGUAGCCGUGGGCUCACCUGUACCAGACAAUUGUGUCGUGCCAUGUGGAACUGUCGGCCAGACUUAUGUGGCCUUGCCACUCCAGUACCAGGCAGCCUAUGCAGUUGGUGCUGGCCCAGUGGCACCAACUCCUGAAGUCCAGCAAGCUACUGCAGCUUUCAUGGCUGCCUGGAAUGCUGCUGCCGCUGGAGCAAAUACCCUUACAUCGACGCUAUUGACGCCAUCAGGAUAUGUUCAAAAUCCUGCACAAGUCCACACAGCCUGUUCACAGUUCUUGGCAGCAUGGAAUCAAGCUGCUACACGUGCAGCAACUGUCCAGCAUGCAGUCUACUCUCUUCCACAACCAGUUCGGCAAACUGAAGAAGUAAGGAAAGCUACUGAGGAGUUUAUGGCUGCAUGGAGGGCUGCUGCUCAGCGUGUUUCAACUAUUCAGCAAGCAAUCCCUGUUUCUGUUGAUCCUUAUUCCUCUGCACCUAAGCCGGUAGAAGCUACUGAAGAGGUCAAAAGGGCUACAGCUGAAUUCAUGGAAGCUUGGAAUAAGGCUGCAGCAAGAGUGCCAUCUAUUCAAACCACCAUGUACCAGCUCUCAGGAACAACAGCUGCUGCUGCUCCUCAGGCAGCAGGAUCUACUCCCCAGUUUACUCCAUCGGUUGAACAAGCUACUGCUGAGUUCAUGAAGGCAUGGAAUGCUGCUGCUGCUGCCGCUGCAGCUGCUCCUGAUGUCAAUAUCAUCAUGGGUGCUAGCUCACGUCCCCAAACCCCUGCCCAAUCUGUUGGUACCUACUCUGCCCCUUCUUACACUCCAGCUGCUCCUUCUGUACCUUCACAUGGAGCUCCCCAGCCAGUUCAACCUACUCCUGAAGUUCAGAGAGCUACUGCAGAAUUCAUGGCUGCAUGGAAUAAGGCUGCUGCACGAGCAACCAAGAUUCAGUCAGUCUUAGUUAAGUCUGGAACUCCUGGUCAUUACAACAUUCAGGUUCCUCAGCAGGUUCAGGCUACCAGGGAAGUGCAAAAGGCUACAGCUGAAUUCAUGGCUGCAUGGAAUGAAGCUGCACGUCGGGCAACUACUGUACAGCAUGCUAUGUAUUCUGUACCUCAGCCAGUCCAGCCAACUGAAGAAGUUCGACGAGCUACUGCUGAGUUCAUGGCUGCUUGGGAAGCUGCUGCACGGAGAGCAUCUGCUAUCAGACAAGCAGUGAGUGUGACUGCUGAUCCUUAUUCUGCUGCGCCAAAACAGGUAGAGGCUACUGAGGAAGUUAAGAGAGCCACUGCUGAAUUCAUGGAUGCUUGGAAUAAGGCUGCAGCUAGAGUAGGAGCCAUUCAGACUACUGUUUACCAAGUAGCAGGUACUGUACCAGCUGCUGCUCCUGCUCAAGCUUCUGGUUCUGCUCCCCGUUUCACCCCAUGCUCAGCUGCUGCAGCUGCUCCUGAUGUCAAUAUCAUUAUGGGUGCUAGCUCUCUUCCCAGGACUCCUGCUCAAGCUGUUGUAUACCAAGCACACUCUGUUGGUACCCCAUCUGCUCCUUCCUCUUUCACUCCAGCUGCUCCUGCUGUACCUUCAUAUGGAGCUCCCCAGCCAGUUCAACCUACUCCGGAAGUUCAGAGAGCUACUGCAGAAUUCAUGGCUGCAUGGAAUAAGGCUGCUGCACGAGCAACCGAGAUUCAGUCAGUCUUAGUUCCUCAGCAGGUUCAGGCUACCAGGGAAGUGCAAAAGGCUACAGCUGAAUUCAUGGCUGCAUGGAAUGAAGCUGCACGUCGGGCAACUACUGUACAGCAUGCUAUGUAUUCUGUACCUCAGCCAGUCCAGCCAACGGAAGAAGUUCGACGAGCUACUGCUGAGUUCAUGGCUUCUUGGGAAGCUGCUGCACAGAGAGCAUCUGCUAUCAGACAAGCAGUGAGUGUGACUGCUGAUCCUUAUUCUGCUGCACCAAAACAGGUAGAGGCUACUGAGGAAGUUAAGAGAGCCACAGCUGAAUUCAUGGAUGCUUGGAAUAAGGCUGCAGCUAGAGUAGGAGCCAUUCAGACUACUGUUUACCAAGUAGCAGGUACUGUACCAGCUGCUGCUCCUGCUCAAGCUUCUGGUUCAGCUCCUCGCUUCACCCCAUCAGUGGAACAAGCAACUGCUGAAUUCAUGAAGGCAUGGAAUGCUGCUGCUGCUGCCGCUGCAGCUGCUCCUGAUGUCAAUAUCAUCAUGGGUGCUGGUUCCCGGCCUCAGGCUCCUUCCCACUCUUUUAGCUAUUCAGCACCCACCUCUGCUGUGCAUACUUAUGGUGUUCCCCAACCUGUACAGCCCACCCCUGAAGUUCAGAGAGCAACAGCUGAAUUCAUGGCAGCAUGGAAUGCUGCUGCUCAGGGGGCUACACAGAUUCAGACAUCUCUGGUGAAAUCUGGUCAAGCUCCUACACAGGUUGUUGCAACAGAUGCUGUCAAGAAGGCAACACAAGAGUUCAUGGCAGCAUACAAUGCAGCUGCUAGAAGAGCAGGUGUUGUUGAACAGGCAGUGUCAACCAUUCCACAACAGGUCCAACAGACUGAGGAGGUUAAGAGAGCUACAGCAGAAUUCAUGACUGCAUGGCAUGAUGCUGCUCAACGAGCAUCAGCCAUUAAGCUGACAGUAUCAGGACCACAGCCAGUGCAACCAACUGAUGAGGUGCAGAGAGCUACAGCUGCAUUCAUGGCUGCUUGGAAUCGCGCUGCUUCCCGAGUUCCAAAGAUUGAGACAACCAUGUAUACACUGUCAGGUUCAAGUGCACUGGAUACCUGUGCUGCUUGUGCAGCCCCAUCACCUGUUUCUGAUACCCCUGAGGUAAGAGCUGCCAAAGAACAGUUCAUGGCCACAUUCAGAGCUGCCGAAGAGGCUGCUCGCCGCGCAUCUGUGUCCCGUGGUGUACUGCCUGUUCCCCCAGUGUUGGCUGUGCAUGCCCCAUCCCAUGUAGUAACAUACAGCACAGGUGCCCCUACCCACGGUUACAUUCUUUCUGACCGUCUCUUUGCUCCCUUCCAUGGACUUCCUCUUCAUGUGAAGGACUGCUAAGGAAAAAAAAAAAAAAAAUCCUGUAUGGCUGAUCUAGCUAUCAUCAUUUAUAGAUUCUUGUUACUUUUCCACGACAAAUGCGAUUGUAAAUAAAAAAACUAAAUGAAUCAGAAUGUUAUAGAAUUAAACUAUUUCACACGAAAUAUUAUUCAGUGU